GCCACGCUGUGAGCAGCCCUCAACCACGUGGAAGGGAGUGGACGGUGGUGAACGAAAAGCGGUGGACGGUAACAAACGAUGGAGGCUCCUUCUGAUCGCUCGCUCAUGGUGGACAAUGUCCUCGUCCUUUUGCUGGACAUCGAGGGCUGCACGACGCCCAUCACUUUCGUGAAGGAUGUGCUGUUUCCAUACAUAAAGGAGCAUGUGCACGACUACCUGACAGAACACUGGGCGGAAGAAGAAUGCCAGGCUGAUGUGCAACUGCUAAGACAACAGGCGGAGGCCGACGCGCAGCUUCCGGGCGCCGUGGCCAUUCCGUGUGAUGGCGCGGCGAAGCAGGCGGUACUGGAUGCCGCCGUGGCAAGCGUGCUCUGGCAGAUGGCCGCUGACCGAAAGACUACGGCUCUCAAGCAGCUGCAGGGACACAUGUGGCGGGCUGCGUACGCCUGCGGGGAGGUGAAGGGAGAGGUGUAUGCCGACGUUGUGCCGGCUCUGCGAGCGUGGAGGGCAGCCGGGAAGCGUGUCUACAUCUACUCGUCAGGAAGCGUGGAGGCGCAAAAGCUUCUGUUUGGCCACACAACAGACGGAAGCAUCUUGGAGCUUCUUGACGGUCACUUUGACACCAAAAUCGGUGCAAAAGUGGAGGCGGAGAGUUACAAGCAGAUCUCAGCUGCCGUUGGCUGCCCAGCGAGCAGCAUCCUCUUUCUUACGGACAUCACCAAAGAAGCGGCUGCGGCUGAGGAGGCAGGCAUACGAACAAUGGUGGUGGAGAGACCGGGCAACGCGGAGCUUACCGCUGACGAGAGGAAGCGAUUUCAGACCACAAGCACAUUUUCCCUUUUGCACUGAAGUGAUGCAUGCCUUGGAUUGAAAAAUGCUGUCGCGAUCCCCACCCAAACCCCAGAAAUACUGGGAUGUUUAAAUGUACAGAUAAAACUUGACGCGCAUAACCAUUAGGUGCUUUUGUAUGUUGUAAUUUACAAAGCCGAAGCUUUACAAAGCCUAAGCUUUGUAAAUUGCAACGUAGUUGCUACGUGUGAACAUUUUAACCUUAUGGCGGUACCCCCGGGAUACCAUAGUACCCCGGCUCCCCCGGGAUACCAUAGUACCCCGGCUCUCGCAUAAUGUCCGUGAUGCAGUCAUCUUUAGUCUGUUGAUGGUCGACGAUGCGGCAAUCGACUCAUCUCGAUGAGCUGUACACGAUGCACCACUACGGUGCGUACGAGCGUUCAGGGUUUCAGCGCAAUCGUCCUCGCUCCGUUUCGACAUGGCGGAGUAGCACUGGUUUCGGUUUGAUUGGUACCCGAGUCGCGGAGUUAAGUACACCCCUGGAAAAAAUAGUCCCAGAAAUAAAAUAUUUAAUUGCCUCGACCAUUUUGUAUUAUUUGGUAUCCCGGGGUACCGCCUUAAGGAUCAUUUGUGCGUUACCCCACCGUGCAUAUGGGUUUUCGCUGAUUGCUUUGGUGUUCACGCACAAAACCAAACACUUGGGUGAAAGGCGCAGCCCUUGCAAUUUCUUGCUCAUGCUACUGCUGGUGGGCUUCCCCUAAAGGAGCUCUUAAUGCACUCCACUGGAGGGUAUUUUUUGCUACUCUUGUAGACUGUCAGAUGUACAUACUUUACCCCAUCACUCGUGACCAGCAGAUUGACUUGAUGUCCUGUACCCAUUUGUGGUGCUGGGUGGACAAGAGGCGUGACAUUUUAAGAAACGUUCUCAUUGCACUCACCGUUAUUGCAUUGGCUCAACAUUCCAAUGCAAUACUGUUGAAAAAAAUAAAGUGUUUCGUUAAAGGGGUUGACUAAACAAACCGUUGUACUCUGCGAGGCGUUUCUGGAUAAGAAGGCAAGUGUGUGUUGGUGGAAUGUUGACCCCAAUAUUUGACGAUGGCCAAUUUUUAUAGCAUUGCGUAAAGUCACCUGCUGAAAUAGGCAUCGGAAUAUCCAUAUUGGAUUAAUCCGAUACGCUUGAAGAUAUUUUUCACAGACGUCCAGUAGGGGUGGGUCUGAAAGACCACAAACGAUCGGAGUAUAAGAAAAGAAAGCAAAUCACAAAAAUAUAUACUGUACAUCAAAUAAAGU